UGUCGACUUGCGUUUCCCCGUGGAUUAAUUGAUCGUAUUUUCUGAGCCUCAAUGGAAAUAUCACCAAUUGAAUUUUUUAUGAUUUCUCGAGUCACAAGGUUGUGUGUUGUGUGUAGCAGGUAUUUCUGUUAUGGAAACUCAAAUCACUGAAAAAAAGCCUCGCGUGUCCAUCGAGUAUUGUCCGAAGUGCCGUUGGUUGUUACGUGCAGCAUGGCUGGCACAGGAACUCUUGACAACGUUUGAAACUGUGAUUGGCGAAGUAGCCCUUAUACCGGGCGAUGUCGGUGUGUUCCAGGUUAAAGUGGAAAAUGAAAUCGUUUGGGAUCGAAAGACAGAGGGACGAUUCCCUGAAGCAAAGGAGCUGAAACAAGUCGUCAGAGAUGUCAUUGCACCCGGAAAAUCCCUCGGUCAUUCCGAUCGCAAGGAGCAGCAACCUGCAUCUUCCUAGAAAAACUAGUCCCACAGAAAAAGGCAAUAAAGGGCGGGACACUGUUGCUGUAUCCGUGUGAGAUCUGAUAACAAGCUGCAGCGUACAUUGCGUUGAUUCCUAUAAAAAUGUGAUGUAACCCACCUUUUACUUUCUAAUUAUGCCGUAUUGUUGGAACAUGCGAGCUGGAAAGCAUGUUCGAAAAUGCUUCUGUUGGAACCAGUCGUUCUUCGUAGUAAACGAUCGAUUUGCAGCAUUUACAGUCGACACUGUGGAACUUUGAUGAAGACUGGUGAUAAAGAA